CUCGUCUCAGUCUGGUCGCCUUCUGAUUGAACAACCGUGUGGGAGCGGUCUGAGGCAAUUCUAAAUACUUCCUGCCCCGGAGGAAGCGCGAGACCUGCUCAUUCUGCUCUGCUCUUAAAGUUUGCAGACUUGGGCGCCGGAGCGGGUCCUUGGUGUGUUGCUUGAACUCAACGCACUACUGCCACAUCAUUGCCCUCACAGCGUGUUAUGUUUGUAAUUAGGGGAUUGUAAAAAGAACGGAUUGGGAUCUUCUUCGCCCCUUGUGUGCUCGGAAAACGCCAUCUCUUCCAAAAAGCAAGCCAUUAUGACGGACGGAAGGAUUUACGUGGGGAACCUACCCAUGGACGUGCAGGAGAGGGACAUUGAGGAUCUCUUCUACAAAUAUGGAAAAAUCCGAGAUAUUGAGUUGAAGAACAACAGAGGCACAAUCCCCUUUGCCUUUGUGCGCUUUGAGGACCCACGGGAUGCGGAGGACGCCGUCUAUGGAAGGAAUGGAUAUGGAUUUGGAGACUGUAAGCUGCGUGUGGAAUACCCCCGCUCCUCCGGAUCCAAGUUUAGUGGACCCAUGGGAGGGGGACCAAGAGGACGGUUCGGACCCCCAUCUCGGAGGUCCGAGUUCCGGGUGAUAGUGACUGGUCUUCCUCCGACAGGCAGCUGGCAGGACCUGAAAGAUCACAUGCGUGAGGCCGGAGACGUGUGCUUUGCGGAUGUGCAGCGUGACGGCGAGGGCGUGGUGGAGUUUCUGCGUAGGGAAGACAUGGAAUACGCCCUGAGGCGCCUCGAUGGGACAGAGUUCCGCUCUCAUCAGGGUGAGACUGCCUACAUCCGCGUGAUGGAGGAGAGGGGUUCCAGCUGGGGCCGCUCCCGCUCCCGGUCCAGGUCCCGGGGGCGCUACUCUCCCCCCUACCACAGCAGCAGCCGCGCUUCCCCCCCGCACCGCUACGACUCGCCCCCGCCCCCGCGCCGCAUGUCCCGCCAUUGCCCCCCCAGCCGCCGGCUCCCCUCACAGCAUCAGAGCCCCCCGCCGCGCCACUACCGGUGAACCAGCCAUCCCCCUCUCCUCUCCUCUCCUCCCCACCUCCUGCUCUGUCCCUCCUCCUCUGGUGAGGUGCCGAUGUGUCCCACCCCCCCCCCCCCCCCCAAACCUUUUUGAUUUUUGUUGGUUUAAUUUGUUGUUCGUUUGUUAAUUUGUUAUUCGUUUUUGUUUUUCAGUUUUGAAGUCCUCCCCCUGCCCUUUUCCGUUUUUACUUUGUAAUUUACAUUCCAUCGAGAUUGCCCCCCCCCCCAACUCCAGCUCAUGUCUCUUGACAAAAACCUUUCAAAUCAAGGCCUUAAAUGUACGAAAUUUCUUUUUCUACAAAUCUCCGAUGUACAUGAGAUGUGUCUCCCUGGAUUUUACCUUUUUUGUCAUGCCCUCUCAAUUGAAGUGUGUUUGUUAACUGUGUGUUUGUAUGUAUGUCUGUAUGUAUGUAUGACCUCCAUUUUGUGAACCAUGGGAGCUUUUUGCCAAUAUAGCAUACCACUGGAAGUCUGAACAUGCCUGGGUGUGGUGGAUGUUGUGUUUUUUUGUGUAAUGGGCGCACAACGUGUGAACUAUCCCAUCUAUAAUAGCCAUCCUCUGAAGUCGACCGUAUUAAUUUUUGAAUGCUUAGCCCGACCUACUUAUCUGCUUAAAUACUGGUAGGACAACAGUGUCCUUGGAUGGUUUUCUGGUACAUCACUAUUCUCGGUCAUACGCAUCUUUUUUUGGUUUGGUUUUUUGUUUUGUUUUGUUUUAAAUUAAAAGGAUAAUCAUUUUAACUUGCUUAUUCAUUUUUGUACCCUUUGAUGGCUGUAUGCAAAGAAUGUUUUUUUGUUUGUUUUUCAAUUAAAAAGAUUGAAUCACAUUCAAAUUCUGCUUUGGUCAUUAUGAAUAAAAUGUCAUUUUCCAAUA